GGAAUAUCUCCGUGCCCCUCCUUGGACAAUAUCAGAAACUGCAGGUUGUUGUAAUGCCCCGAAGACAGUAUGCCAGGAGACCUCUCAGAUAUAAAAUAGAUACGCAUCUCAAUACUAUCCACCACAUCCUUCAGCUAUCGUUAUCAUGUCGGCCAACGCAAACAUCUCCACCGCUACCAAGGCACUGCGAGGAACAGCGCUGUUCUCGCCAGUCAAAAUUGGGAAUAUGAACCUGCUCCAUAGGGUGUGCAUGGCGCCGAUGGGCCGUCUGCGGGCGACUGAGGCCAGCCCGGACGAGUGGGUGUGUGGAGACAUCGCAGCUCAGUAUUACGGCCAACGGGCGACCAAAGGUGGAUUUCAGAUCACGGAGUCUACACCGAUUUCUCGGCUGGCCGCUGGAUAUCCACGAAUCGCAGGAAUCUACACGCAAACGCAGAUCGAGUCCUGGAAGCAAGUGACGCAGGCAGUACACGCAAAAGAAGGCUACAUCUUUUGUCAAAUCUGGCACGCCGGCAGAGCGACUAUUCCGGAGUAUUUGAACGGAGAGAUCCCCGUGAGCUCGUAUGCGAGCCCGUUGCCUGGGAGCUUUAUUGGGCCCGGACCGAAAGAAUACAAACCAGCCACGCCGCGUGAGCUGUCGGUUUCUGAGAUUAAAGAGAUUGUCGAUGAGUUUGCGGCUGCCGCGCACAGGUCGCUUGAGGCAGGAUUUGAUGGCGUUGAGAUUCACGGAGCCAAUGGAUAUCUACUUGACCAGUUUAUGCACGACAAUGUGAAUAAACGGACAGACGGAUACGGCGGGUCAAUUGAGAACCGGUGUCGGUUCCCGAUUGAGGUUAUCAGCGCGGUGGGCGCAGCCAUCGGCGGUUCGCGAGUUGGUAUCCGUCUCACGCCGUUCAACUACUGGCAUGGCACCAAGGACAGCGAUCCCAUGCGCCACUGGCGAGUGCUGUGCGAGAAGAUUGCAAGCUUGCCUAAAAGUCAGCGGCCCGCUUACGUGCACAUGAUCCGUCCCGAAUAUGACGAGCUGCUGUCGGGAGCGGACAAGAUCAAGUCGCUUGCAGAGCGAGCCAACAGCGAGCCAUACAGCCUGAAGCCGUUUCGCGAUAUCUUGAAGGCGGCCGAUAUUCGGUUCCUUGCCGCGGGGAAUUACACACGGGAGUCAGCACUGCCAACCAUCGAGACGGAUCUAGCCGAUGCGGUUGUCUUUGGGCGGCCGUUCAUUUCGAACCCGGACCUGCCGCGGCGACUGGCGGAGGGAUUCCCGCUGACGGAGUAUGAUAGAGCGACGUUCUAUGGCGCCGAUCCACCAGAGAAGGGGUACGUUGAUUACAAGCUGUAUCAGGAGUGAAUAUAUCAAGAAGCUCCGAAAAGAGCCCGACUGCUGUGGUGACGAUGGUGGAGAUGCUGAGAUGGUUAAAGAAUUAGGUAGUAAAGAAACAUUUCCUGAACAAUAAACGCGGGGGCAGCAUCGUAGAAGCGGAAGCCCGAGUCAAUUAGUUAUUUAUUUCGGCAGAUAGAUUCCCCUUUUGCAGUUAGCACUUUGUUACUGAGAGAGAGCAAU